GGCCAGCUGCCUUGAGCUCCAAACCAGACGUCAAUCAUUCCCGCUGCCCUGCUGCUCUUCUGCACAUCCACCCACUCUGCCGCUUGUACCAACAACAAUAACAACAACACAUCACUUCGACUUUUUCUAAUUACAUCUAGCACCGAUACCGAAAAUUACCACCUCGUCUAGAUAUUGGCCAUGGAUACUCUCAUAGCCAAAUACAGCCGUCCGACUGCGUUCCAGAAUGAGACCUUCGCAGACGACCAGCAAGAAGACUUCCAAAACGAUGUCUCCCCCAGCCUAUCUCUAAAGUUCGCCAUGCCUCCCGUAGCCCAUCCCUCAGCAUGGCUCCGCGCUGCUACCGACGACCGCUCGAACCCCGACUGUCCCAUCAAGAUCGCGCACGGUACAACGACCCUCGCUUUCCGAUUCCAGGGCGGCAUCAUCGUAGCCACAGACUCCCGAGCCACGGCCGGUAACUGGAUCGCCUCGCAGACUGUCAAGAAGGUCAUCGAGAUCAACAACUGCCUGCUGGGCACCAUGGCCGGCGGCGCCGCCGACUGCCAGUACUGGCUCGCCUGGCUGGGCAUGCAGUGCCGCCUGCACGAGCUGCGUCACAAGCGCCGCAUCAGCGUCGCCGCCGCCUCCAAGAUCCUCGCCAACCUCGUCUACCAGUACAAGGGCAUGGGCUUGUCCAUGGGAACCAUGUGCGCCGGCGUCACCAAGGAGGAGGGCCCCGCGCUGUACUACAUCGACUCCGACGGCACCCGCCUCGCCGGGAACCUGUUCUGCGUCGGCUCCGGCCAGACCUUUGCCUACGGCGUGCUCGACGCCGAAUACAAGUACGACCUGAGCGAGGAGGACGCCCUGGAGCUGGGUCGCCGGAGCAUCCUGGCUGCUACGCACAGAGAUGCGUACUCGGGUGGUUACAUCAACUUAUACCACGUCAAGGAAGAGGGCUGGGUCAAGCACGGCUUCAACGAUACGAACCCGAUAUUCUGGAAGACGAAAUUAGAGAAGGGCGAGUUCACCAACGUUACCAGCUCCCUGGACUAAAUCGUGGGGCUCUUUUGCUUAACGAAGGAUGAAUUAUUACUCAGUGCAUACUACUGCAUGGUAUCAGGGAGCGGAACACCAUGGCAUGUAGUAAGGGAAGACGUGGGAAGGGUGUAAAACCAGCUUAAUAGCCUGUCUCGGUAACUACCUAGGUAUCUCGGCCAGUUUCCCCGGGUCAUUACCCGGGAUCCGCUGCGUAAAUGUAUAACUGGAACCAAGGAGUCCAGACCUU